AUGCCUUUGUCAAAGCACAGGGAAAUAGCCAGGCUCUCCCACCUGGUGACACUCAAACACAUCUUGCGCCUGCGGCGGAGAAGAGGCGAACGCAUGUAUGUGGAGCCCGGUGCCAUGAGAAGGGUGAGGACUGAGAUCAUAGCCGAUGAUGCCCAAGUCUCGGACAUGCAUCUCAACCUCCCACACUUAUGCAACGCCCGACGGUAUGCUCGACCAACGAGUCAAGACCGAGAUGCCCGAAUCUUGCGGACCGGCGGCCUGGACACCUCGGUCGCAAAGAGCAACGACAAUAUAGAGGAUGUCAAACUGUCAAGGGGCAAGCAUGCCGGUCCCAGCGAGAAGGGUAUGGCUGGGUUCAUGGCCAUGAAGACGCUGAUCGAGCAAAGGAUUUGGCACUGGGUGGAGGAGAAGAAAGAGCAGCUGCCUUUCACGUUGAACACCCUGUUGUUGGAUAAGGUGAUCUGGCCGUGCCUGGACCCAAAGAACCAGGGCAUCCUGUCGACGGCGGGGAUGAUAGGCGAGAUGCUGAAGGAGAUAUUUCCCAGGCACGCCGACAAGAUGGCCCAGGUUGAGAACUAUGGUGAAGACCAUACAGUGGCCGACACGGCUGUUGGCAAGGAGCUGCUGAGCAGACUGAGCCGGAAUGGCGAAUGGCGCAAGCUGAAAGAGAGUCUGGCGGACAACGCAAAGAGCUGGUUGUAA